ACCUUCAUGGUCAUCCUGUUCACGCCAGCCCUCGCGUCAAUUGACUGCUUCAAAUGCGUGUCUGUGAACGGCGAGAACCGAGCCUGUGAAGACCCUUUCCACAACAACUACUCCACCAGCAUCCUCGAGAGCCCCUGCAUGGCCGGCCGCAAGAACAGAGAAGGGCUCUUUCCUGCUACAGCCUGCAUCAAACUCGCCGGGGAAUACGCAGACACUGGCGUGAGCGUCGUGGUGCGGGACUGCGCCCUGGACAGCGGAACACUGACCACCGACACCGAGAUCAUCCGCAUGUCGCACUGCGGCAGCUUCAAGCUCGAAGGAAAGUACGUACGUGGUUGCCUGCGAAGCUGUGACGAUGCCGAUGGCUGCAAUUCUGCUGCAUCGUCGUUCCUGAAUUUCGGUCUUCUUCUCCUAACUGUUUUGGUGGCGCACAAUGUCCGACGCUGAAAUGAUGAACUACAGAUUAUUCGGUUUAUUUGCUGUUAUCCUUUAUCGUCUCAACGUCGUAUGUCAGAUCACUAGCUGACUUCACGCCUAAGUUUUGGAAUCUUUGGAAGAAUUUCUUUAGUGUUGCAUGUACUCAUGAUUGGAUGCAAUUUGUAAGAUAUCUCAGUUUGAUCCAUUAGCCUUGGGCUUAAGAUAUCUUUAUCGCACAGCCUCCU